ACCCCUCCAUUAAUUUUGUCCCCCUACCCCCGGCCAUUGGGCCCCCGUGCCACCAUCUCCUUUCCCUUCCAUGGGCAACUGCUGCUCCAGCGCCAAAUCCCAGGACCCGCCCGCCUCCUCCACUAACCCCAACAACCCCGCCACCCCCUCCACAGCCUCCGCUAAUGCCGCCCCCAUCAAUGCCGCCCCUCCCAAACCCUCUGCCCCGAUCGGCCCUGUCCUCGGCCGCCCGAUGGAGGAUGUCCGCACCACCUACUCCAUUGGCAAAGAGCUCGGUCGGGGCCAGUUUGGCGUGACGCACCUCUGCACCCACAAAGCAACGGGCGAGAAGCUCGCAUGCAAGACGAUCGCCAAGCGCAAGCUUGCGACCAAGGAGGAUGUAGAGGAUGUGCGGCGCGAGGUGCAGAUCAUGUACCACCUAUCAGGGCAGCCAAACAUCGUCGAGCUGCGAGGCGCAUACGAGGACAAGCAGUCGGUGCACCUGGUGAUGGAGCUGUGCGCAGGAGGGGAGCUGUUUGACCGAAUCAUCGCACGGGGCCACUACACCGAGCGUGCCGCUGCAGCCCUGUUGCGGACCAUCGUGCAGAUCGUGCACACCUGCCACUCCAUGGGUGUGAUGCACCGUGACCUCAAGCCCGAGAACUUUCUCCUCCUUAACAAGGAUGAGGACGCCCCCCUCAAGGCCACUGAUUUCGGCCUCUCCGUCUUCUUCAAGGAAGGAGAGGUGUUCAAGGACAUAGUGGGCAGUGCAUACUACAUUGCACCUGAGGUCCUGAAGAGAAAAUAUGGCCCUGAGGCUGAUAUUUGGAGCAUAGGGGUCAUGCUUUAUAUCCUUCUUUGUGGUGUCCCACCUUUCUGGGCUGAAUCGGAACAUGGUAUCUUCAACGCAAUCUUACGCGGGCAUAUUGAUUUCACAAGUGAUCCAUGGCCGAACAUCUCAUCUGGUGCAAAGGAUGUCGUCCGCAAAAUGCUCAACUCUGAUCCUAAGCAAAGGCUCACAGCAUUCCAAGUUCUUAAUCACCCAUGGAUCAAAGAGGAUGGAGAAGCACCUGAUACACCACUUGAUAAUGCUGUUCUCAACAGGUUGAAGCAGUUCAGGGCAAUGAACCAGUUUAAGAAAGCUGCUUUGAGGGUUAUAGCAGGAUGCUUAUCAGAGGAAGAGAUUAAAGGGCUAAAGGAGAUGUUUAAGAACAUUGACACGGACAAUAGUGGGACUAUAACCCUUGAUGAGUUGAAGCAGGGGCUAGCCAAGCAAGGAACAAAGCUCUCUGAGUUAGAAGUUAAACAGUUAAUGGAAGCUGCUGAUGCUGAUGGAAAUGGAUUAAUUGACUAUGAAGAGUUCAUCACAGCAACAGUGCACAUGAAUAGAAUGGACAGAGAGGAGCACCUCUACACAGCAUUCCAAUACUUUGACAAGGAUAACAGUGGGUACAUCACAAAAGAAGAACUUGAGCAAGCACUCAAGGAGAAGGGCUUGUAUGAUGGACAAGAAAUCAAAGAAAUCAUCUCCGAAGCCGACGCUGACAAUGAUGGAAGGAUCAAUUACACUGAGUUUGUGGCCAUGAUGAGGAAAGGGAGCCCGGAUCCGAACCCAAAGAAGCGGCGUGAUGUGGUCCUAUAACAAACAAAAGAAUGACCCAUCCAUUUAUUUUGGCAUGGAGGAUUAAAUAGACUAAAUUCAAAAAGCAAAAGAAGAGAGCGAAAAAAAAGAAAGUAUUGAUCAACUUGUGUACAUGGAGAUAAAUUUUCACUUUCAUCCUUGUGAAACUUGUUAAUGAGAGCAAUGUACUAUAUUUAUAGUGAGAUAGGCUUGGAUGGGUGUGAAAAUUAACUCAAUUCUCAUGGGGGUUUGGGGAGAUUGGUGAUAUAUAAUUCCUAUAUUGUGUUCA